AAAAAGGGUCAAGAAGACGCCGGUGGAGUAACCCAUCUGCAAUUACCGCGCGCCACAACAACGGAUAAGAGUCCGCCAUCGUCUUCCUCCCACCACCACUGACGUCACUCAUCCUCAUUUAUCCAAAUGCUUGCAACCACCAGCUUCCAUGGCGGACCGUAUACUCACUUCACACAUCCAACAGCCACCAGACACCACAAACCCUACUUCCGCCUUACAAAACCUCAUUCCACACCUUCUAUUUGCACUUUUCUUUCACCGAGAAGAUUAACCGCAAAUCGCUUCACAAUUAGGGCUCUAAAUCGUGAUGACGUCACUGGUUCUGAGAAAGAAGCUAAGCCGUUUUUUCCUAACCUCCAUACGGUCAAGAUUCCAGUCGGAGAUAGAUUUAUAACUGUUGAAACUGGUCAAAUAGGAAGACAAGCUAGUGGAUCUGUUGUUGUAAGAGAUGGAGAGACUAUUGUCUACACGACAGUUUGUAUGUCUGAUGUUCCAAGCGAACCUUCUGACUUUUUUCCAAUGUCUGUACAUUAUCAAGAGCGUUUUUCAGCAGCUGGUAGAACUAGUGGAGGAUUUUUUAAGCGGGAGGGAAGGACGAAGGACCAUGAGGUACUUAUUUGUAGACUAAUUGAUAGGCCACUGCGACCAACCAUGCUCAAGGGAUUCUACCAUGAAACUCAAAUACUAUCUUGGGUUUUGAGUUACGAUGGUUUGCACUCCCCAGAUUCUCUGGCAGUUACAGCUGCUGGAAUUGCAGUAGCUCUUUCCGAAGUGCCAAAUACAAACACUGUAGCAGGAGUUAGAAUUGGUUUAAUUGGUGAUAAGUUUGUUGUGAACCCAACAACCAUGGAAAUGGAAGAUUCAAAACUGGAUUUGUUGUUAGCAGGCUCAGAAACCGGGAUAUUAAUGAUAGAGGGGUACUGUGACUUUCUUCCUGAAGAGAAGUUGCUUGAAGCGAUAGAAGUUGGCCAGGAUGCUGUAAGAGCCAUAUGCAAAGAGGUGGACAAUUUGGUAAAAAUUUGCGGGAAACCGAAAAUGCUUGAUUCGAUCAAGUUACCGCCACCUGAGCUGUAUAAGCAUGUAGAAGAAAUUGCUGGUGAUGAGUUAGUUGAUGUUCUACAAAUAAAAAACAAAGUACCAAGAAGAAAAGCACUCUCUUUAUUAGAGGAAAAAGUUCUAAGUAUACUUACCGAGGAGGGUUACGUCAGCAAAAGUGAAAGUUGUGUCGGUGCUGAAAUAACUCCAGACAUGUUGGAGGAUGAAGAUGAAGAGGAAGAAGUUGUUGUUGAUGGUGAAUAUGAUGAAGGCGAUGUCCAAAUAAAGCCGGUAUUUAAAAAACCGACUCCCACGUUUUACUCAGAGGUAGAUGUGAAAUUGGUGUUCAAAAGUGUUAGUUCCAAAUACCUGCGAAACCGAAUAGUGAAGGGAGGGAAAAGAAGUGAUGGUAGAACUUCAGAGGAGAUACGCGUUAUUGAUGCAGAAUGUGGGCUACUUCCUAGAGCACACGGGAGUGCCCUUUUCACGCGUGGGGAAACACAGGCGUUGGCAGUGGUUACCCUUGGUGAUAAACAAAUGGCACAAAGAAUCGACAACCUUGUGGGCGUAGAAGACGUAAAAAGAUUCUAUCUUCAGUAUUCAUUCCCGCCAUCAUGUGUUGGGGAAGCUGGACGAAUUGGAGCACCAAGUAGAAGAGAAAUUGGUCACGGGACACUUGCAGAACGAGCCCUAGAACCCAUUUUGCCUUCUGAAGACGAUUUUCCGUAUACCAUACGUGUUGAGAGCACCAUAACCGAAAGUAAUGGAUCUUCAAGCAUGGCAUCAGUUUGCGGCGGAUGCCUUGCAUUACAAGACGCUGGUGUACCAUUAAAGAGUUCUAUUGCGGGCAUAGCAAUGGGUAUGGUUCUAGACACAGAGGAAUUUGGGGGAGAUGGGACACCACUUAUACUAUCUGACAUCACCGGUUCUGAGGAUGCUUCUGGAGAUAUGGACUUCAAGGUUGCUGGGAAUGAUGAUGGAGUAACAGCAUUUCAAAUGGAUAUAAAGGUAGGUGGAAUUACUUUGUCAACAAUGAAGCAGGCUUUGCUGCAAGCUAAGGAAGGUCGAAAGCGUAUUCUUGCUGAGAUGUUAAAAUGCUCACCUCCUCCCUCAAAGAAGCUUUCGAAGUAUGCUCCACUUAUACUUGUUAUGAAGGUUAAACCUGAGAAAGUGAACCUUAUUAUCGGUUCUGGGGGUAAAAAGGUCAAGAGUAUUAUUGAAGAGACUGGUGUGGAAUCUAUUGACACUCAAGAUAACGGAACAGUCAAAAUAACUGCCAGAGAUUUGGCUAGCUUAGAAAAGACUAAAGUUAUUAUUAGUAACUUGACAAUGGUUCCAGUUGUUGGUGAUGUAUAUAGGAACUGUAAAAUCACAUCUGUUGUUCCGUAUGGGGUUUUUGUAGAGAUUGUACCAGGCCGAGAGGGACUUUGUCAUGUUAGUGAGUUAAGUUCAGAUUGGCUGUCAAAACCAGAUGAUGCUUUCAAGGUCGGAGACAUUGUUGAUGUAAAACUCAUUGAGAUCAAUGAGAAGGGACAACUUCGCUUAAGCCGAAAAGCACUGCUUCCAGAUCAGGGUACAGCUGGCGGGUCAAAGGACAGUGGGACCCCACAAAAAUCCACAGACAAAAGUAAACCUAGGCAAAGUGUAAACACACCAAAGGGUGAUGGGGAUAAAACCUCUGAAGGUACGUUUACUAAGAGAUAUGUCGGGUCCCGCAAAAAUGAGCCGAAAACAAGCAGCAACAAAUCUGAUGCUGUUGCAUCCGGUGACGGUGGAAGUGCACUAAUUAAUGGAGAGGCUCAAGUUGGAUGAAAGGAACACGGGGGUAAAAUAGUAAUUUGAUCUUUUGACAUGAUCUGCUCUAGAAGGGUAGAGGAGUUAAACUCGUCUCAAUCAUCACAUCGAAAGAGAAAUCGGGACUACCAAACUAACUUGAAGUACCUUUAUUUAUGUUCAUGAUUGCUGGGAAGUUGGGACAUUCAGAAAAUUCUAGUUAUAAACCAGGUGAUGCAUUGUGUGUCCUACAAACGAGGAUGAGUUUGCAACAAUUGUUACGCGAGCCGUAAAAAUGACAUUGAAUUUGUAUUAAUUAUGAUACUUGUAUAUAGAUUAGAAUCAAUCAUAUUCAUAACCAAUCGAUUUUGUUUUGAAUUUGAAAGCUUUUACUCCCCCUUAACAUGUGAGAAUUUUGGAAGCAA